AUGUCGAUCCGGCCACUUGAUGAAUGGGCCUCUGCCCGCACCCAGUCCCUUCCUCUCUCCGCUCUCAAAGGGGCUGUUGUUGGCAUCGAUGCGUCGCACUACAUUUCCCAGCAUCUUCUCCACCACUCGACCCGCGAGCCUUUGCUGGUCGCUUUGGGCGGCUUCCCGUUUGCGCUGAAGACCAAUAUUGAGAGAGAGUUACAGAGUUUCAAGGAAUUGGGUGUGGCAUGUCUUUUCGUCUUCAAUGGCCUAGAGUUUGGGAAGAAGGACCAGCGACCCCAUGUGCAGACAGAGUCAUUGCGAGCUUUUGAGCAAGCCUGGGAGCUUUAUGACCAACAACAGGCGGAUCAGGUAGUCGACGCAUUCAGUGGCGCGGGUAAGACGCCCUUUCUGCAUCCUCGUUAUUCCUGUUUACUGGUUUGCGCUGACAAAACUCCGCCCGCCCCAGGCACACCGCGGCCUGAAUCCCUUUACAGGUUCUUGCAGCGCAUCCUGUACCAAAAUGGCGUUGAUUUUAUCGUGGCGCCGUACAGUGCCGCAGCUCAGCUUUCCUAUCUUGCCAAGGGCUCCAACCCCGUCAUCGAUGCGGUCUUUGGGCCCUCUGAAGCACUUCUCUUCGACAUCGACAAAAUAAUCACACGGAUGGAUGUUGAGUCUUCUCAGUUUUUCUGGAUUACUAAACAAACCUGCCAAGAUGAAAUGGGUAGGCUAUCAAAUGAGCAGUUCCUGGAUUUCUGCCUGUUAUUGGGCUCACCGUUCCUGCGAACUUUCCCGGGCUUCGAAAACCCAGCAUUUCCGGGAAAAAGCGUCAGCAUUCGUGAUGCUCUUCCGAUAUUUAACCAAGCGGGUCGAAAUGCACUGGCUCUCUGUGCUCAGUUCGAAGAGGACCGUCGCGUGCAGGAACUUCAAUAUGCCGAUGCCUACAAGCGUGCAUUCAUGACGGUGAAGCACCAUGUGAUCAUGGAUGUGGAUGGCAAGGUCGCGCCUAUGGAUUGGGAGAACGCCCCGUCCGAUAUGCAUGAGCUGAUCGGCCAGCGAUUGCCUGAAGAAAUUUACUUUUACCUCUCCAAGGGUGUCCUUGGCCCGGAAAUUCCUAACUAUCUGACAUCUGGCGAGGUCCGAAUCUCCCUUCCAUUGGGAGUUGAAGAUACCGAAAUAUAUCGCCAAACUGUGAGCAGCACGCUCACUCCAAUCAGGACUCAAUCCAUCUGUUUACUCUCGAAUUCCCUUCACAGGUUCUACCAGACUAAAGUGAUCAAUAUACGGACAUGGUUUGACGAAAAGUCAGACAAGUCCAUCACACUGAAGACGCUUCCAUCUGUCAAGGAAACCAUCCAGGCGUGGAAGAUCCGCUCUGACCAGCUGCCUGAGGGAGUAAAGAAGCUACAGGACGAAAUUCUUGCCAACGUCUACUGGAGGUUCCUGCAGUUGCGAGGCUACAUAGAUGAGAAGCACCGACUGACCUCAUGGGGUGUCUGCCUCGACCAAGCGCUUUCCGUCCUUGAUCCCGCCGAUAAUUUGGAAGAGGCGACGUUCCUCGCCAUUGAAUUGAUUCGUUUCGGACUCCUGAAUUUCAAAGAGUGGUUUUCUCAUGUCUCAGGAGGACCAAUGAGAGGUUCAGAUGAGGACAAGAAGUUCAAUAUCCUGAUCUCACGUGUGGCUUGUAUCGCUAAGAUACAACACAAGAAUAUCGGUUAUUCAGGGCCCCUAAGCAGGCAAUUGCUCUGUUACCGCUCUCUUAUUUCUGAGGUCCGCUCCACAUUAAGAAACCUGAUCGAAGUUGUUUUAGCUAGUCUGCUUCUCAGCGGAGAUGCUAGCAGAGAUCGGAAUGACUGGACUGAGAUGAGUAUCAAACUUCCGUUCAUUGACGACAAUGACUGCGGUCUCGGCAUUGCAGUGCGCACAUAUCUCGAUGACCUGCCCCUGCAGGCAGACCCAACUUCGCCGGAGGCACGGUUAGAGGUAAAGUCCAAGGGUAAAGAGUGGUUUCAGCACAGUGACAGCUUUACGAGCAACCUGGAAAAGGCUUUCAAGCUCUGGGAUGCGGUGAGUGCCAAAGAAUCGAACCAAUUUUCACCACACGAGCUGAUCUUUUUCUUCUACCAGGUUUACAAGGGCACACAGAACGCCAGUAAAGAAUUUAAAGACGUUCAAUUGUGGAAGGAGGCAAAUGAAUGGUUGUCGGCGAGGCGAUAG